GCCGUCUGUCCCGAGGCGAUAAGGCAGGGCCUGGGCCGGCUCUGGGGCGACAUGGCGCUCAGCUGGGGGGAUGCGGGGACGGGGCCAUCCCUGAGGGGAUGCAGUGCGGGGACGGGGCCAUCCCUGGAACAUCCCUGAAGGGAUGCGGUGUGAGGACAGGGCUGUCUCUGAGGCGAUGUGGGGUGGGGACAGGGCUGUUUCCUGGGGACAAAGUGUGGGCCCGGGUGGUCCCUGGAGGUUUGUGGCACAGGGACGUGGCUGCCCCAGGCAGGGCACAAGGCUGUUGCCCAAGGGAGGUGCUGUGUGAGCAGAGGCCUACUUCUUGGGCAGGUGACGCUCAUUCGCUUCUCGGCAUUGCUGUGGAGGGGCAGGUACGUCCUUGAGCACAGGUGUGGGAGCACCCAGGGUGUCAGGGCAGAGAUUCUGGUCACUGGGGCCACAACGCAGGACAGACACGACGCAGUGCCCACAGGUGGGAUGGCAGGCAGGGCGAUGCAGUGACACCUGUUCCGACUCUGGUGUCCCUUGCUUGAAUCCUAGCAUCACAGAGGGCACUUUGUAAGAAUUAUUUGGGUUCUACCCUCCCAGGUACAUCCCUAGAUAGAAGCAUAAAUGCCAUGCUAUUGGGAAGUAGCUGGUGAGCAUUUUCUAGUGUGGUAGGGAGGUAGCUUCGCAGAGUGAGUCAGCAGGAGAAGAAUUUGGGUCUUGCUGCUGUGUUUCCGCAUCCUCAGUACUUCAGGACAUGAUCCUCUGGGAAGACCUGAGACAUGAUUAAUGUUUGUUUGUUCUCCUGGCCAGGCCUAAAUGAAGUCUACGACACCUUCAUGGCAUUCUGCUCUUUUUACAUCAUCACAAACAUUAGCUUAGUGUCUGUGCAUUGCAGAAGCCAUUAGCUUUGGUGUCUGACUGCAGCGUGCCGGUGGGCCUGAAGGACAAGUUUCCCCAGGAGUGAUUCAGAAGUGAUUCAGAGCUUAAGGUGACAGAACCCUGGCACAGGCUACCCAGGGAGGUUGUGGAGUCUUCCUCUCUGGAGAUACUCAAGAACCAUCUGGAUGUGUUGCUGUGUGAUCUGCUCUGGGUGAUCCUGCUCUGGCAGGAGGGCUACACCACGUGAGGUUUGGCAGUCCCUUCCAGCCCCUGACAUUCUAUGAUUCUACGAUUUCUCCUGAUCUGUUUUUCCCUGAUGGAGUUAAAACUCUGGUCAUCACUGUGGAAUGCCUGGUAUGAGAAGGCAGAGCGUCAGGAGAGAGAGAGAGGAUCCUCGUUGAGCUGCUGUGAUCAUGAAGACAGUGAUUUUAAUUGUCCUGAUCAUCUUCACCUUGUUGUCUUCAGGGAAGAAGUUCCGAUGGUGCACUCUUUCUGACCUGGAGCAGAGAAAGUGUGCUGAACUCUCCAAAGCACUUCUGGCUGUGCUGCCCCAUGCUGCUGGCAACCCCUUUGCUAGGAUUUCUUGCAUCAGAGCCCACAAUACACAUGACUGCAUUGACAAAAUCAGGGCGAAUAAAGCAGAUGCUGCCUCCUUGGAUGCUGGAGAUGUUUACUCUGCUGUGAAGCUGUACGGUUUGACAGUGGUGGCAAAGGAGAUCUAUGAUCAAGGAAAUUGUGUUUUUGCUGUGGCCAUUGCCAGACGAGGAACUCUGGAUAUCCAGAGGCUGCGAGGUGUGCGCAGCUGCCACAACGGAGCCAGGUGGACGUCAGGCUGGAACAUCCCACUCGGCUUUCUCCUUGCAAGGAAUGACCUUUCUUGGGAUGAGUCACAACCUCUGAGCCAAGUGAUCAGUGACUAUUUCAAUGCAAGCUGCAUCCCUGGGGUUGGUGUUGCUGCUCCUCGACUCUGUGCCCUCUGCCAAGGACAAAAAUCCUAUGUCAGGGACAAGAACCACUUUUGUGAGACAAGUGGUAAUGAACCCUUCUAUGACUCUGAGGGAGCCUUCAGGUGCCUGAAGGAGGGAGUGGCAGAUGUUGCCUUUUUAGAUCACCUGGCAGUUCUGAGUGCCACAGAGGCAGAGCAGCAGGAGUAUGAGCUCUUAUGUCCUGAUGGGACUACAGCUGGGCUGGCUGAGUACCAUACCUGUAACCUGGGCCAGGGGCCUGGCCGUGCCAUUGUCACCCGCCACAACUUCCAGAAGAUCACCAACAAAUUUCUUAGCAUGAUACAACGUUUCUUUGGGCGGAGAGGAAAGGAAAGAGCCAGGUUUGGACUCUUCACGUCAGCACCCUUCGGGGGAAGGAACCUGCUGUUCCGAGAUGCCACUCAGCACCUGCAGCUUCUUGAGGAGCAGCUGGAGAUCGCCUAUGUCCUUGGGCUGGAUUAUGUAGCUCUUCUUAAGGGACUAGGCCAUGAAGGGAGCUCCUUGGACAACAGCGUUGUGCGCUGGUGCUGCAUCAGUGAUGCUGAACUGCGCAAAUGCGAGGAGUGGGCACUGAGCAUCAAAUCUGACCCUUUAGUCUGUGUCCAAGCAACUUCCAUGACCAAAUGCAUUGAAAUGAUCAAGAGCAGUGAGGCUGAUGCGGUCACCCUGGAUGCAACACAUGUCUACAUUGCAGGCAGGUGUGGACUGGUGCCUGUAGCUGCAGAAUGCUAUGGGGGAGACUGUGCCCCAGCUGCUGAGAGCACGAGGGAAACAGGGAAACUGAUUCAUCUUAAGCACAGAGCACUGCCACCUGUCUAUGCUGUUGCCUUAGCUAAGAAAAGCACCAAGCAGGUCAACAUCCAUAACCUCAGGGGCAGACGAUCCUGCCACAGCCAUGUCUAUAGUCCUGGAGGGUGGUUACUGCUGUCCAGAUACACAGUGGGAGCUCUGCAGAAUGAGACUGGGAGCUGUGACAUUGGUUCUGCUUAUCAGAACUACUUUUGGAAGAGCUGCAUGCCGGGAGCAGAGGGGAAGCUGUGCAAGGUGUGCAUUGGGGAGGGUGAGGCGGAAGGGGCUCGAUUGUCCAGCAGAUGUGCUGCGAGCCACAACGAACGCUACUAUGGCAACAUGGGAGCACUCAGGUGCCUGGUUGGCAAUCCCAGUGGAAGAAGCUUUGGAGAUGUAGCUUUCCUGGAACACUCUCAGCUGCUCCAGAACAUAGCAAAUCUGGACAGCUCUGGCUGGGCCAAAGGUUACAGCCCCCUGGACUUGGAGCUGCUGUGUGUGGAUGGGACGCGUGCCGCAGUCACAGAGUGGGCAGCCUGCAACCUUGGCCCCGUUCCCCCCAGUGCAGUCAUGGCGCGCCCUGUCACUGUCACCAAGAUCUCUGACUUCCUGACCAAGUCCCAGGAAUCUCUGGGAAGCAAACUGGAUUCUGGAUUCCAUCUCUUUAAGUCUUGGAAGUAUGGUGAAAGUGAUCUGCUUUUCAAAGAUGCUACUCAGCACCUUGUCCAUGCAAGUCAUAUGAGCUAUCAGGACAUUCUUGGAGUGCCUUUCUUUCAGCUAGCAGAAUCAGUGUUCAAUUGCACCCCUGCAGGCAUCUUAGACUUCUGCAACCAGAAUAUCUGUGCAUCCUCCUCAGAUUGACAGCUGGCACAAAGGCUUUGCAAUGCAAACAGAGCAUCAUCAUCACUGAAAACAAAGAAACAUGCAAGUCCAACCAGCCCAAAGCGAUCAGCAAGGGAACAUUCAUCUCUAUAAAUGUAUGCUGAAUAAUCUCUUGGGGUUUUUGUUUUGCUGGUUUGGGGGUUUUAAAAAGCAGAUUUGUGUUUAUAAUGUAAUGCCACUCACACCUCACCCUUUCUUGUUUGGAGUGUGGCACUACGUGGAACACACAGCCCAGCCUGCAUAAGCCACAGCACAGAAGUAGGAUCAGCAGAGCUGUCCAGCCUUGGAGAAAGCAGCAGUUUGUGGAAAUAGCAGGGCCAGCACCAGGACUGAGUUACAGGCUGUCAUGAGUGGCACAGGUUAGUUGGCAGCACUUUGCCUUGUUUAUGAACUGUUUCCAUGCAGAUAAACCAGCUGACAUUUUGGUAGUUACAGCAUAAUCCUCCUCUAUCCAUGAGUUUGGCUGCAGCUUGAGAGCCCUUGUUGAACACACAGAGGUGCUCUAGGCUGUGUAACUGCUAUUGGAAUCAGUCACCUUUCCUGCUGUGAACUGGGAAGAACAGAUUUGCUUUUUCAACCCAGAACUGAUACUAGUGAAUCAAAACAUUUUCAUCCACAAGUUAAUAUAUUAAGGCAUCUAACAGCCAGCAGAACAGGCUGAAAGUGAAGGACAGCAGUGGAUGUCAUCCCUGUCAGAAACCCCAACUACUACUUUAUAGUGCUUUGACAAUGCAUCUGUGCUCCUGGGAAGUGUUCAAAUACGCUUUAUCAAUUAAACAGCACUGGGUUUACAAGCAGAAGCUGCCUGAACAUGAAGCCUUUUGACCAGAA